UGAGAGAAAAACAGACAGAAAACAAAACAAAACGAGUCGAAUACGAAUUUGAUUAUUGCGCCUUAACUUGGAUGUUUCUGUUUUCUUUCUGCUGAUUCCGCCUAAACAAAACAAUAAUAAAUCUGUUACGGUUAUCUUUGGAUUGAUAAUUAUUUUUCUGUUGAAUCAUCCCUAACACCAAAUGUUUUGCAUAUCUGGAUCUGGUUGUUGUUGAUUUAUUGUUUUGUUGAGAUUCUGAAAUUGACGAUCAAGAUACGAGAUGAGCUUCUCAAGUGGUGGUAGAGGUGAUGACGAUGAAAAUCGUGUGUUUGUCAAUUUUAACCAUGAAUCAACAUCAUUGGUGGUAGGAACUCGAAAUCGUUUUCGUUUAUACAACAUUAAAGAUGUUGAUAAUUUGGAGCUUUUAUAUGAAGAUGAUUCCGAUUAUACCGUGAUUGCUGAACGAUUAUUUUCGUCAUCAUUGUUGGCAAUCGUAUCGUUAUCAUCACCGCGAAAACUUCGAGUUUGUCAUUAUAAAAAGCGUACUGAAAUAACAUCAUUUUCCUAUACAAAUACCAUAUUAGCUGUAAAAUUGAAUCGUUUACGAUUGAUUGUUUGUCUGGAAGAUUCGAUAUUUAUUUAUAACAUAACCGAUUUGAAGUUUAUCCAUUCAAUACGACAAACACAACGUAAUCCUAAUGGAAUUAUUGCAUUAGCACCAAGUAAUGAACAAUGCUAUCUAGCUUAUCCGGCCAAACAAGAUAAAGGAGAAGUGAAUAUAUUCGAUGCUCAUAAAUUAGAUAAUAAAUUGACCAUUACGGCUCAUGAUAAUCCAUUAGUAUCGUUGACAUUCGAUACCCAAGGAACCAAAUUGGCAACCGCAUCCGAUAGGGGUACAGUGAUCCGUGUGUUCGAUACAUCAACAGGUGAUUGUAUCUAUGAAUUUCGUCGUGGUUAUGCUCGUUGUGUAUCGAUAUAUUCAUUAUCAUUUAGUCCCGAUUCACAAUUUCUGUGUGCAUCGAGCAAUACCGAAACUGUUCAUAUAUUCAAAUUGAAUGAAACUCAACCACAGGAUGAUAAUUUGGCGGUAAUGUUUAAAUCGUAUGUAAAAAAAAUCUGUCAAACAGCCGGCUAUUUUGAUUCGGUUGCCGAUAUGAUGAAUCAAUGGCGGUCGUUUGCAACAGUCAAGUUACCUUUGGUAAAUCCUGGUUCGCGUACAAUAUGUUCGAUUAGUUAUUCAAAUCAACGAUCAAAUGUGCUGAUUGCCACAACCGAUGGCUAUCUCUAUGUUUAUGACCUAAAUCUAAAUGAUGGUGGCGAUUGCACACUUAUCCGUCAACAUCGUCUGAUUGAUGAUUUACCUGACGAUAAUGAUGGUCAACGGUCAGCCUCGUUAUCAUCGACAUCGACAACAACAGCCACCAUGAGCACCACCAAUACAACGAAGACAACAAGUUCAAGCCAUCAUUUGAUACAAUCUCCAUCAUCAUCUUCCUCUUCGCCUCUUGAUCGAUGAAUCAAAUUGAAUUUGACACAUAAAUUCAGCUAGGGACAAACGAAAGCUGAUUACUAUUAUUUGUUUUUGUUUUCUGUAUUUUUUCUUUACUUUAAUUUUUUGGCUUAAAAACUGACCAUUAAAAAUGAUAUCAAUUUUUU